CUACUGCCAUGGCACUCGCAUCACAUCUAUCUCAAGCUCUCUUCCCCGCCGCCUCGCCCUCCGCCGCUGCCGGAGCACUCCUCGCCUCGACAUCGCCGCUCCCCGUGCGCCACUUACUACAGCUGCACGCGCACCUGCUCCGCACCGGCGUCCUCCUCCUCUCCCCCACCGCCGCCUCCGCCUUCUUUUCCGUCGCAGCCUCCUCCCUGCCCUCCCUUCGAGCGCUCGCCGUCCUCCAGCACCACCUUACCGCGGCCUCCCUCCCCUCCACCUUCUGCUGCAACUCCAUCCUCCGCUGCCUCUCCGAGUCCGACGCCCUCAGCUUCCUCCGCCGCAUGCGCACCCUCGGCCGCCGCGGGAACGCCUUCUCUCUAGCCAUCCUCCUCAAGCCCUGCCGCACCCUCUCUCAUGCGCGCCAGCUUCACGCCAACGUCGUGAUAGAGGGGCACCUCCGGGAUUCCCUUCUGGCCACCUCUCUGAUGCGGUCCUAUGCCAUCUGUGGUGUUGGGGACUGCGCGCGUAAAGUGUUUGAUGAAAUGGUGAUGAAGGAUACGGUGGCGUGGAACGUUCUGAUCACUUGCUACGCGAGAAACAAGAGGACGAAGGACACACUGUGGCUUUUUGAUGAGAUGAGGAGAGGUGAGAGUGAGGUGAAGCCGGAUGAGGUCACCUGCAUUCUACUCCUCCAGGCAUGCACGAGCUUGGGUGCGCUCGAUUUCGGGGAGCAGAUCUGGGAGUACGCCGUGGAACAUGGUUAUGGGUGUGAAUUGAAGGUCCGCAAUUCGGUGAUCACGAUGUACACGAGGUGUGGGUGUGUGGAGAAGGCAUACCAGGUGUUUUGUCACACUCCUCAGAAGAGUGUGGUCACCUGGAGUGCGAUGAUCAUGGGAUUGGCAGCAAAUGGCUUCGGGGAAGAUGCUAUUUCAGCAUUUGAGGAGAUGAGUAGAUCAGGUGUGGUUCCUGAUGGGCAGACUUUUACCGGUGUGCUCUCUGCAUGUAGUCAUAGUGGGUUGGUUGAUGAGGGUUUCAGGUUUUUUGAUAUGAUGCGCUAUGAAUAUAAGAUGAUGCCAAAUGUUCGCCAUUAUGGGUGCAUUGUUGACCUAAUGGGCCGUGCUGGCUUGCUUGAUGAGGCAUACGAGCUUGUGGUCAAAGAGAUGAAGGUUGCACCAGAUGCAACAAUUUGGCGAACUCUUCUUGGUGCAUGCCGAAUCCAUGGUCAUGUUGAUCUUGGGGAGAAGGUCAUCAGUCAUCUAAUUGAACUUAAAGCACAGCAAGCUGGGGAUUAUGUUCUACUGCUGAAUACAUAUGCAGCAGCGGGGGAUUGGGAGAAGGUAGCAGAAGUAAGGAAGUUGAUGAGGGAGAAUGAAAUCCAAACUACUCCUGGCUGCACAACAGUUGAGCUUAACGGUGAGCUCCAUGAAUUUAUUGCAGAUGAUGCUUCGCAUCCAAGAAAGGCAGAGAUAUACGGAAAGCUUGAUGAGAUAAACAGACAUCUAAGAAUUGCUGGUUAUGUUCCACAUGUGUCAUCUGAUUUGCAUGAUUUGGAUUCAGAGGGGAAGGAGUGUGCCCUCACCUAUCACAGUGAAAAACUGGCGAUUGCUUUUGCCCUUCUUGUGAUGCCACAACGUAGACCAAUAAGACUUGCAAAAAAUCUUCGUGUUUGUGUAGACUGCCACAAUUUCACAAAAGUAUUUUCUGGUGUUUAUAAUCGAUUAGUGAUUGUUAGGGACAGAACCCGAUUCCAUCAUUUCAAUGGGGGUCAGUGCUCAUGCAAUGAUUAUUGGUAGACCAUCAUUGUUUCUCUGUUGCAUUUAGUCAUCUAGGACACAUGUCGGAGAUUUGAAGUGUCCGCGCACAUUGGAUGUGAGCACUGGAUAUCUGCCACCACAGUUGCUGAAUUUGGCAACCAUGGUACCAAAUGCAAUUGAUGGCCUAUAGAAGACAACAGAAAAUUUACAUGGGUUAUUCAGUGACUGUCAGACAUUAUCUUAUCAGGGUGUAUGGACCUGGUCCCCAGAGAAAAACUAUCUGAUUGAAAUUCUUCAGUUUGGAUGCAGCCACAUCUGUAUGCAGGGUCUUCUUUAUAACAGAUAUGUCGGAGACUUGGGCAGUGAUUUAGUUAGAAAGUUUGUAUGUCCAUUGGAUUCCCCCAUCCAAUUGAAGACAAUCCAAUAUACUGCAUAUAGGAACUCUGCUUAUUAUAAGAUGCUAUGUUGGCAUGCCAUAGAAUAGCCUUGGUUAAAAGCGGAACAGAAACAGGUGGUGGAUCCUGUCACAUCAGUUUUCAGUGAUAAGCACUUGUGCAUUGGAAUUACAGGAAUAAACAAUAAGUGGUUUCCACUAUUAGACCACUGCUGCAUGUGUGGAUCUCUUACCAGACAACAAUGGCUGAUCACUUUAAUAAGUCUGAUGAAGCAUGGCUACUUCAGUUUGGCAACAUUGAUUAUACUCAAGAUGCAAGCCAGUAAACCUUCAUGUGAGCUGUUCAAGGACCGUUGACAGCAUAUGUAUGAAUGUAUCAGAACAGCACAAUGGUGAAAUGCAAGGUGCACACAAUUGCAAACAUCUGAACUAGUUGAAAAUGAAAAUACAUGAUUUUUUUAACACCCAUACGUAAUACUUUCAACAACACCAUAAGUAUGCUUGUACAUUUCCUUUAGCCGCAAAUUGGCACAACAUCUGGCUUUAAUUGAGAAGUCAACCAGGGGCUUACUGCCUAUCUCCACAGAUGGUGGGCUAGCCAGCCGGAUUCGAACCCUCACUCCUUAAUCAUUUCCGCUACCUAGUCCUCCUAGGUAUCCAUCGUAUAUCUGCUUUGAUAGACCCUAUUACUCAUCUGGCACUAUAUGAACUUUUGAAUGGAAUGAUUACAUGUUUCCAAUGCUGGUUCCAUUUUUCCAGUGUAAACAUCAUAACUGUAGUUUAUCUGCUCAAAAUCCCAACACAGUAAGUUAUAUGGAAUGUUUAUGAUUCGAAUGUUCUAAGUUGCAAUACGCAUGUAUUUAAUGACACUCAUACAAUUAGAAUUUAGAAUUGGUAUCUCUGAAAUCAGAAUUUAUGCUAUUUUGCCCUUGUAUGAAAUUCUAUCAACAGUCAUGAGGAUGUCCAUUCUCCAUUGCAUUUGAGACCGGGAUUGAUUCCUAAGGGAAGAAAUGCAUCACCUUCAUACAUUUACUUUCAGAGAAAGCGAACGUAUUUCUGCAGAGGCGUCCUACACUGAUCAAUAACGAGUUCCAUUUUGUGCGGCAGCUCCUAGACUUCGUUGAUGAAUUCAAGAUUGUUGAUGUGAUACUCAAGCCCUUUGCAAUCACAUAGAAAGAGGUACCCUCCAGUGACCCAAUUUAUUUUCAUUUGUUGCCUGCAAUGAACUACCUAUGUUCUUUGUUCUUACUAGGAAGUAGGAAUGAUGUGUCCAUAUGUAUGUCUAGAUACUCCUGCUUUUUUGCAAACUGAUGAUUGUCUAGUGCUCCAUCAUCUUUGAUGUGAGAAGUCUGAACACCGCUGGCUCCAAGUCUGAAGUCUGAACACAAAGCUAAUUCAGUGCAUUGGUAAGCUCUUGUGAGUUGUGACACGUAUUGCCAUUUUGUCCUCUCUGUGACCGGCAUCUAGGGUCUGUACUGGAAUAUCCACAUGAAGGUUCCUCUGAUGUGUCCCGAACUCCUGAUUUGCUCCCGAUCAAUGAUCCGUCCUUCAUCCAUUCAAACAUGUACCCUUUGUUUAAUAAUCAGAUAAAAAAGUCCGUGAUCUCAGGAAUUAGAUUUUCUUAUAUACACGUGCCAAUAAUUGUGGUCUAUCAGAGUAGCCGUUGCCAUUGGAUUAUGUGCACAUUAGCAAACUCAACAGAAGCUGUUCUGACAACAUUCUCACUGCACCUACUGCAGCUGAUAAUUAAAAAAAAGUUUAAUCAUGUUAUGUUAUAUGGCAGCAUGAUUGUUCGUGUUUGCAUGCCCAUUUUAGCUUCAAUUUUAUUUGUUGUUUUCUGGUGGCUCAUUUUUUAGUUCACGGAGUUACUUUAAGCAUGGAUAAGGAGAUGCAAGAAGCAAAUGUCACGUCCAACAUCCAUGUCGAUUGCUUCGUCAACAACCCCUUUGAAAAACCUUGACGAGACAAUAAGUCUUGGCUUCUCAGGCUGAAACUUAAACGAGGCUAAGCAAGCAGCAGUUUAUUUCUGCUAAGAGUAUUCUGUUAAAGUAUCUUUUUAUUGGCAGGCUCAACCUAAUAUAUCCUGACUUGUUUGGUGCUCGAUCUCGCCGUGUGGUUUCUAUCGUUCCCCUGUUGUUGGACCAUGGACGGCAGCCGACCACGUCCUUACGCUGGGACUGCUGCCGUGCUUAGCUGCAAUACCUAGUCACUAUCAUCCAAGUUGCAAGGACUCUUCAGCACGAUUUGUAAUAUUGAAUUUGUGCAGUUUCUGGUAGGAAAUGGAUCGUUUCAUGCAAACUUUCUACUCGCUCUACUAGCAUUCUUGCACGUAGUACUCCCUCAGUCCAACAAAAAAUGUCUCAUAUUUGUGAAAAUUUGAAUGUAGCUAGACAUAACUUACUGUACAGAUGUAUUCAAAUUUAGUCGAAGUUGAAACAUCCUUUGUUGUUGUUGGACGGAGGGAGUAUAUGUUUACGGAGUGUACAGUGUGCAUAUUCAAUGCUUUGCAUCUAUUAAAAGAAAAUUGCAACACA